AUGUCGAUAACUCAAGAUCAACAACAACUGGAAAAAGUUUCCGACAAUGAAAAAGAUCAAAAAUCGACAGAACAAAAUGCUUCUGAAAGUCAGACGCCAAUCGUUGAACCUCCAAAGUCAAUUCUUGAUGCAAAUGGCUUUAAAAUCAUAAAAAGCAUUGGAAGCGGAAGCUACUCAAAAGUUAAGCUUGCUUUCUCAGAAAACCAUAAAGCAUCGGUCGCAAUUAAGAUCGUGCCGAAGUAUAACGUCCCUGAAGAAUUUUUAAGGAAAUUUCUCUACAGUGAAAUCACAGUGGUGAAGUUUCUCAAGCAUGAAAAUAUCAUCAAAUAUUAUCAAAGUAUUGAAACAUCGCACAGACUUUACGUUGUCAUGCAAUUUGCUGAAAAUGGUUCAAUCUUGGAACUGAUUCAGAGAGAAAAACGAAUCUCAGAAUCGCGAGCUUGUGAUUUCUUUCGACAGAUUAUGAAUGGAGUUGAAUAUUGUCACAAUCAGAAAGUUUGUCAUCGUGAUCUAAAAUGUGAAAAUAUUCUUCUUGAUGAGAGAAUGGUUAUUAAGAUUAUUGAUUUUGGUUUUGCAAAAUGCUACAAAGAUAUUCCGAAAUCAUCGGGGCAAGAGAAACUUGAAUCUGCUUUGCCAAGCGUUUCAAAAGCCAACGAAUCAAUUGCAACGAAGAAAUCGUCAGGCAUCAAGAAGAAAGCACUUGACCCAAUGCUUUCAGAGACUUAUUGCGGAUCAUUCGCUUAUGCAAGCCCAGAACUUUUAAAGUCAACACCAUACGAUCCUUUCAUGUCUGAUAUUUGGGCCAUGGGUUGUGUGCUUUAUGCGAUGGUAUUCGGUCGACUUCCAUUCGAUGAUAAAUAUCCAGGAAGAUUGAUUCGACAAGUUCAACAACCAGUUCAAUUUCCAACGUCUGUUCAUGCUUCUGAUGAAUGUAAAUCUUGUAUCAAGAAAAUUCUCGCACCAUUAAAGCGACGUUGUUCAAUCGGCAACUUAAGAGAAGAUCUAUGGAUUCAAACAGCUUACACGACUGAAAAAACACGAUCAUUACCACGUUCUUUAACGUCACGAAACUCAGCAUCUUGAUUCUAAAUUUUACUUCCAUCCAACAUCUUUACAUCGACUCAUUAUCCACCAAAUGUUUUCGCAAUCAUGUUCAUAAUAAAUUUAUUUGUUGGAGAAGAGUGAGAUUUAUAAUUUCACUUGAUGAUAAACUGCUGUUUGUAAAAGUUCCAUGGCUUUAGCCUCCAAAACAGUAAAAAAGCCCGUCCCAAGUCUCUCGAA